CCCCUCCUGUUUCCUCCUUUGGGUGAGAAGUGAAAGCAUUUUAUCUGCGAACUGAGAGACGGACUGAGAAGAAAACAGGGCAGGUUCUUCUCUCCUCAAGUUUCCUCAGACAUGGAGAAGAGUCUGUAAGAAGAUGUGAAGAGAGUUCAGGUGUGUCGGUGUAGGUGUGUGUUCUGCCAUGGAUCAGUGUGAGGACAGAGAGGAGGGAGUCCCUCCCUCUCAAAGGGCUCGCUAUGGGGAACAUGAGAACCAGACCGAAGCUCAGAGUUCAUAUCCUGAAGUUGAACCCAGCUGUGUGUCCCUGAAGAGUGGCUGGUCCAAGGACGAUGUAAUAAAUUUCAGAGAACAGUGUGUCGGUGUAGGUGUGUGUUCUACCAUGGAUCAGUGUGAGGACAGAGAGGAGGGAGUCCCUCCCUGUAAAAGAGCUCGCUAUGGGGAACAUGAGAACCAGACCAAAGCUCAGAGUUCAAGUCCUGAAGUUGAACCCAGCUGUGUGUCCCUGAAGAGUGACUGGUCCAAGGACGAUGUAAUAAAUUUCAGAGGACACUCUGAGUCUGAGUUUCCAUCCAGCUGUUUGUCCCUGAAGAGUGGCUUCUCAAAGGACAUAUUUUUUGACUUCAGAGGACACUCCGACUCUGAGUUUCCAUCCCUGAAGAGUAAACGGUCGAUCAGUGAACCCCUUUUAUCUAAACCUGGAGCAGGAAGUGCUGAUGAGGGCGUCAGCCAGCAGAGCUCCCAGGUUCUCCGUGGAGGCUCCGCCCCUCAGCAUCAAACACAUCUGGACUCCAUCUUUAUGCUGCUGGAGGACAACAUGGUGACUUUCAUGAAGGAGGAGCUGAAGAAGAUGAAGAAGCUCCUGAGGCCAGAUUACCCAGCAUGCUCAGAGAGUGAGAGAGAGGAUGAGGAUGAAGAGCAGAGGAGCAGCAGAGAGUCAUUAGUGAGGAUCACACUGGACUUCCUGAGGAGGAUGGAGCAGGAGGAGCUGGCUGAGCGUCUGAGGAGCAGAAUGUCUGCUGGAGUCUGCCAACAGAAGCUGAAAUGUGGCCUGAAGAAGAGGUUCCAGUGUGUGUUUGAGGGAGUCUCUAAAGCAGGAGAGUCCACCUUCUUGAACCAGAUCUACACAGAGCUCCACAUCACAGAGGGAGGGACUGCAGAGGUCAAUCAGGAACAUGAGGUCAGACAGAUUGAAACAGCAUCCAGGACAGCAGACAGAGCAGAAACAAGCAUCAGACCAGGAGACAUCUUUAAGGCUUCACCUGGAAGAUCUCAACCAAUCAGAGCAGUGCUGACAAAUGGAGUGGCUGGCAUUGGGAAAACAGUCCUGACACAGAAGUUCACUCUGGACUGGGCUGAAGACAAAGCCAACCAGGACAUCCACUUCACAUUUCCAUUCACCUUCAGAGAGCUGAAUGUGCUGAAGGAGAAGAAGUUCAGCUUGGUGGGACUUGUUCAUCACUUCUUCACUGAAACCAAAGAAGCAGGAAUCUGCAGCUUUGAAGACUUCCAGGUGGUCUUCAUCUUGGACGGUCUGGAUGAGUGUCGACUCCCUCUGGACUUCCAGCACCCUGAGUUCCUGACUGAUGUUACAGAGUCCACCUCAGUGGAUGUUCUGCUGACAAACCUCAUCAGGGGGAAACUGCUUCCCUCUGCUCGCCUCUGGAUCACCACACGACCUGCAGCAGCCAAUCAGAUCCCUGCUGACUGUGUGGACAGGGUGACAGAGGUCCGAGGGUUCACUGACCCCCAGAAGGAGGAGUACUUCAGGAGGAGGUUCAGAGACGAGGAGCAGGCCAGCAGCAUCAUCUCCCACAUCAAGACCUCCCGAAGCCUCCACAUCAUGUGCCACAUCCCGGUCUUCUGCUGGAUCACUGCUACAGUUCUGGAGAAGGUGUUGAAGAGCAGAGAGGGAGGAGAGCUGCCCAAGACCCUGACUCAGAUGUACAUCCACCACCUGGUGGUCCAGGCCAAAGUCAAGAAAGUCAAGUAUGAUGGAGGAGCUGCCACAGAUCCACACUGGAGUCCAGAGAGCAGGGAGAUGAUGGAGUCUCUGGGAAAACUGGCUUUUGAGGAGCUGCAGAAAAGAAACCUGAUCUUCUAUGAACCCGACCUGACAGAGUGUGGCAUCGAUCUCAGAGCAGCCUCAGUGUACUCAGGAAUGUUGACACAGAUCUUUAGAGAGGAGAGCGGCCUGUACCAGGACAAGGUGUUCUGCUUCAUCCAUCUGAGCCUUCAGGAGUUUCUGGCUGCUCUUCAUGUCCAUCAGACCUUCAUCCAGUCUGGAAUCAACCUGCUGGAAGAACAACAGCAAACCUCCAAAGGCAGUUAUAUGACGUUGUUGAGGAAGAAACCUAAUCUCCACCAUCUCCAUCAGAGAGCAGUGGACGAGGCCUUGAAGAGUCCAAAUGGACACCUGGACUUGUUCCUCCGCUUCCUCCUGGGUCUUUCACUGCCGACCAAUCAGAGUCUCCUUCAAGGUCUGCUGACACAGACAGGAAGUAGCUCACAGACUAAUCAGGAAACAGUGAAGUACAUCAAGAAGAAGCUGAGUGAGAGUCUGUCUGCAGAGAGAAGCAUCAAUCUGUUCCACUGUCUGAAUGAACUUAAUGAUGGUUCUCUGGUGGAGGAGAUCCAACAGUCCCUGAGAUCAGGACGUCUCUCUGGAGACAAACUGUCUCCUGCUCAGUGGUCAGCUCUGGUCUUCAUCUUACUGUCUUCUGAAGAAGAUCUGGAGAUGUUUGACCUGAAGAAAUACUCUGCUUCAGAAGCGGCUCUUCUGAAGCUGCUGCCAGUGGUCAAAGCCUCCAACAAAGCUCUGUUGAGCUGCUGUGGUCUGUCAGAGAGAAGUUGUGGCGCUCUGUCCUCAGUUCUCAGCUCUCAGUCCUCCCGUCUGAUUCAUCUGGACCUGAGUAACAAUGACCUGCAGGAUUCAGGAGUGAAGAUACUGUGUUCUGGACUGUGGAGUCCUCACUGUAAACUGGAAGCUCUGAGGUUGGAAGACUGUGAUUUGUCAAAGACCAGCUGUUCUUCUCUGGCCUCAGUUCUCAAGUCCAAACCCUCCCUCCUGAAGCAUCUGGACCUGGGUCGGAGCCAGAAGCUGGAUUCAGCAGUUGACCAGCUGUGUGGUUUUCUGGAGAGUCCACUCUGUUGUCUGGAGACUCUGAGGUUGUAUAACUGCAAUUUGUCGAAGAUCAGCUGUUCUUCUGUGGCCUCAGUUCUGAAGUCCAAACCCGCCCUCCUGAAACAUCUGGACCUGAGUAGGAACGAGCAGCUGGAUUCAGCAGUUGAGCAGCUGUGUGGUUUUCUGGAGAGUCCGCUCUGCCGUCUGGAGACUCUGAGGUUGUAUGACUGCGGGUUGUCAGAGAUCAGCUGUUCUUCUCUCAUCUCAGUUCUGAAGUCCAAACCCUCCCUCCUGAAACAUCUGGACCUGAGUGACAACCAGCUGCAGGAUUCAGGAGUUGAGCAGCUGUGUGGUCUUCUGGAGAGUCCGCUCUGCAGUCUGGAGACUCUGGGGCUGCGGAGAUGCAGGUUGUCAGAGAUCUGCUGUUCUUCUCUGGUCUCAGCUCUGAAGUCCAACCCCUCCCACCUGAAGGAGCUCGACCUGCGUUACAACCGGCUGAAGGAUCCAGAUGUGCAGCAGCUGGUUGAUCUUCAGCAGAGUCCAGACUGCAGCCUGCAGACUCUGAGGUGGUUUUCCUGAGAGCAGAGAGACGCUGUGUGUCCUGAAGAUCUACACAGAGCAGAGCUUCAUCCAGGACUGAGUGACAGAGGAACCACCAGAGGAUCUGCUAAAUUUCAGUGGUGCAGUGUGAGGAGUUAUGAGACUGCAGCUUCGAACCAGGGUUCCUCUGAAUUGAACACAAUAUCAUUGUUAUGUGUGGACUCCUCCUCCUCCUCCUCCUCCUCCUCCUCCUCCUCCUCACUGAGACAUUUGUCUUUGUAAUCAAUCUCAUCAUCUUGUGGGUGUAAAAGAACUUGUAUUAUCUGGAAAUUUAAAAUUGAUUUGAAAAUUCAAGUCUGUUCGGAAAUAAAUCCAACAGGUAGAACAGAAGCACUUCCUUUUUACACCAGCCCACAGUGGGUGAACCCCACCUUAUUCUGCUUCAUGUCCCACUGCUGCCAGAGACCAGCCUGACGAGCAACACCAAAGCCAAAAGUUUUUAAACUCAAUUUCAAGAUUUGCUCUUGAAUCUAUAAAAUAAAAUAAAAUAAAAUAAAAUAAAAUAAAAUAAA